AUGAAGGAAAAGAAGGGAAGACGCAAGGACGCGAUCGAGCGCUUUAUUGAAUCGAACCAGACAGUCGUCCUCUCCAGCCUCAACCAGUUGCGGUACACCAUCCUGUGCGAGGGGCUGCCGAGGGAUAAGGGACUCUGUCAGUACAGAACGUAUGUGUGGUCCAUACUCCUGCGAGUGGAGCCUCUGGACGUCGACUACUACGCGAACCUGGUUGACCGAGGUCCGUCGAACGUGUUUGCAAAAAUCCAAAACGACGCGUUCCGCACGUUCCAGAAAGACGAGGAGUUCAGCCGCAAAGUGUCCACCAGUGUUCUGAUGCGCAUACUAAACUCGCACGCCCUGGAAAUCGAGAGCUUCGAGCUGCACAACUCGACUGGAGCACCCGCCUCGCCCUACGUCCAGGGAAUGAACGUUUUGGCGGCCCCGUUUGCGUACGUCUGCAGAAGCGAAGUCGAGGCCUUUGCCCUGUACUCACAACUGGCCACCCGCUACAUUCCAACGUAUACCACGCCCAACCUGCUGGGUGUUCUCAACGGUGUCAAGCUGCGCAUGCACGCCGCCGCUGGACCAGGUGCUCGAGCUUUGGGAUUUUCUCUUCAGCUACGGCGUGCAUCUGAAUAUAUUCUUUGUGGUGGCCCAGACGAUUCUGAUAAGAGACGAGCUGCUCAAGUCGGCCAAUCCAAUGCUGCUGUUAAGAGAGCUGCCGCGACUGGACGCGCGCCAGAUUAUCAAGCUGUCGCUCACUUUUGUGAAGCAGACCCCAGACCAGCUGUAUGA